GAAAAAUAAUAAAAUAAAGCAAAAAAGAAGUAGGAGACAGUAACGAAGACUUGCAGGAUAGAAUGGCGGAAUUGGACUCCGAAAUAUGCCCCUCUCUCGUAAACAAGAUCUCCAAUGUCUUGUUCAUAACUGAAACCAUCGCAGGAAAGAUUUUCUAUGUUCUUUACUUCACUGGAGCGAGUUACAUGAUCAUUGACAUGAUCAAACACACCGAUUUCUCUGAAUGCUUAUACGAUUUAGGGAUGUGUGCUAAAGAACUCAUAAUUCCUAGUGAUACCCCUGAUCCCUAUGAUAUCCUGUCUCACUUAGAUAGUGAAGAGUUCUGGGAUUCAUUAUUGACUUGGCAUAGGAAUGAUAAGCAGGCAAAACUAAAGGCGUCCCCUCCUCCGCUUCCAGAUCUGAAGCUGCAGGGUCUUAAAGACAUUGUAGAGACACUACCUUGUGCUUUAGACAGCUCAGCUGCAAAUUCCACCAUGCCCAUGGAUAAACCAGAGCAGCAGCAGAAAACACCGUUGUUGAGGGGUGCUUUAAUCAGUCGCCGAGGAAUGAUCAUCAGUUAGAGAACCAGCUUGUGGACAUCUUGGUGUUACUUCAAUAACUUUAGUAUAGUCUGGAAUUUUAUGGGAAUUCAAGCUGUAUUUUAUUUAUGGGAUUGUAUGACUUCGAAAGUGUAAAACCUUUAUAUAUGUAGAAGUUUAACUCACAUAUGACACGUUAACAUCUCUCCCUUAAGUUGAGAUUCUUUGUAUCUAUGAUAUGGUGAAAUAACCAAAUAAAUCCAGAGGCGGUUGACGACAUUUUUCUAAA